AGAAAACAAACAUCUUCAACUUCUACACCUUUUGAUUAGAGUAAUUUACGCAUUUUAAUGUUUCUCUAUAUAUACUACAUCCCAACCGGCACACACUCAUACUUUGUCUUCAUCCUCUUUGAAACUCCUCAGAGCCAAAGCUGUUCUCUUUUUUCAUCUGGGUAUGCAAUUUCCUUCUUGUUAUCCUCUUUGGUCUCCUGGAUUCCAUAAUCUGUGUUAGGAAAACUUCCACAUCCAAGGUCUAAAGAACCACUGGUGACCAAAAUUGUGAAAAGGGGUUCCUUGAUUUUCACCAAUUCAUGGCAUUUCAGCACUACAUUUCCCGGGAUUUGAAAACCAUCCCAAAUGCUGUGACUGAGGCAGAAAACCCCAAUGGUUGUUUUGAUUGUAACAUCUGCUUAGACUUUGCACAUGAGCCAGUGGUGACACUUUGUGGUCACCUCUACUGCUGGCCAUGCAUCUACAAGUGGCUCCAUGUCCAAAGUGAUUCUCUUCCACCUGAUGAGCAUCCACAAUGCCCCGUUUGCAAGGCUGAUAUAUCCAACAGCACAAUGGUUCCACUCUAUGGCCGUGGCCAUGCCGCUACCACAGCUGAAGGCAAAACAGCUUCUUGUGAUGUUUUUAUACCACCAAGACCAUCUGCUUCAUGUGCUCAAGCCCUUUUGGCAACAUCUCAAAGGGGUCAGCACCUUCCAUAUCGUAAUCCUUAUCAGGGUCACUACUUCACCUCUCAUCCAUACCAAGAAGAGGAUGAUGCCACUUCACAAAUGCUCAAUCUUGGAUCCCAUCACCACCCUGUGACUGGGAUGUUUGGGGAGAUGGUUUAUGCCAGGGUGUUUGGCAACCCAGAAAACUUGUAUGCAUACCCAAAUUCUUAUCAGCUGAUGGGAAGUGCUACCCCUAGACUGAGAAGGCAAGAGAUGCAGGCACAUAAAUCUUUGAACAGAAUUUCUAUUUUUCUCUUUUGCUGCUUCCUUCUUUGUCUUAUUGUCUUCUAAGUGAGCACUUGACAUUAUUUUCUCUCAUUAUCUAUUGUAUACUUUGUAAAGAAGGCAAGAGAUGCAAGCUUUAAAAACUUGAUAGAUCAUUGAGUGAAAUAGUGAAUUAUCACAGGCUAAAGAGCUUGUGAGUCUAUAUUGCACAAAACUGCAUCUACACUUCUAUUCGUUUUAUUAAA